UCUCUCUCUCUCUCUCUCUCUCUCUCUCUCACACACACACACACACACACACACACUUGUCUUCAUUGGCUGUGGAGGAGCUAAGCUAUUCAGACCCUAAUACCACACUGUGAAAAUACCCCACUUAAAGUAAAAGUCCUGCAUUCAAAACACUUAAAGCAUCAAGAGUGAAAGCACUAGAAUGUUCCCUUAUCUGUAAGAUCUCCUGAGCUCAGCCUGGCUUCUGCUUAGUGAUGACGUAUUUUCCAGCCAGUCCAAGAAGCCUUUUAAAGAGUUUGUUUAUCUUGACAAGGAGGAGAAUUUCCUCAACACACACAAAGGAACAGUUCAUCCUUCAGUUUACCACAAACAUUCAACAUCAACACAUCUGGAGAUGCCUGGGUUUCACCGGAAAAGGGGGAUAUGGAAAAAUGUCAUCUGAAGGGAAACUAAAGCUGACAGACGAAUGUAGUGCAGUAAAAAAAAUACAACAUCAGCUGUUGAGACGUAGAGUUGAAGUAUAAAGUACCAGAUUAAAGUAAAAGUAACAAGUGUUUCUUACAUACGAGUAAAGUCUUGCAAUCAAAUUAUUCCUUGAGUAAAAGUACCUGUAUAAACUUGUAAACUGAACAUUUGUGUACUUUAUGACAGCAAACGUAACUGACAGAGAAGCAGAGCCGCACUCUCACAUGAUUGGUGGAACAAAAUGACUGUCAGUUAAACAACCAAUCAGAACUCUCCAUCAGGCCUGCCUCCUCAUUAAGUGGCUUCUUCUCCACAGCGUCCAGCUUUAGAGGUUAGAAGUUCAAUUUUAGUUUUAACUCCAGUAAUAAGAAGUUAAGCCUGUUUUGACUGAGGCUACAUAGUCAUUUUGUUUAUCUGUUUAUUUGUUUUUCUCGGUGGGAGCUGCCUGUAACCGAUUGGUUUGAACUUGCCACACGAUGGCGCCAUCGUCUCAGGUGUUACAAUCAGGUUUCAGCAGCGAGGACCUGAACAAGGUCCUGGACUGAAGAUUUUCUUCAUCUUGGCUGAUUUUCUUUUAUUCCUGUACGCGACGCGACGUGUUUCCAGUUUUAUUUGAUAUGAGUCGAUAAUCAAAACAAGGGAGGGGGGGUCAUGGUCUGGACAAACGGCUCCUGGAGACGGACUAGUCUUGCACUGAGUCAAACAAUCACUCUCUAUUUGUUUUCUCACUGAUUAAAUGCAUUUCCUUUGCAGCUGCAGCUGCAUCGACGUACCUGCAGUCAAACAUAACUCAUAUUUGACGGACCUGUCGUGUCCGCAUCUUUAAAACAAAUCUGUUAAACAACCUUCUUUCAAACCCAAGCUGUGUUCACACACAGCUCAAACUACACACAAACUGUCCUCUCGCUUUUCUUCAUAAUGCGCAUUAACAACACCACCAGGCUGUUCCGCUUUAUUUUGUGUCACACAACCUGCGGUUCGGAACGUGUUAGCGGACGCUGCGCUCCUGCGCAAUCAGUGCAAGAAAAGUGAAUUAAUCCGCGUGUGGACACGUUCAGCACAUGCUCACAGUCUCCAUCCCUGUAUGGUUUGACAACGAAAAAAAGUUUUCAUGUCAGUCGGUCAAAAUUCAUUGUUGCCUGUCCAGCCAAUCAUAGUUUUUGACGACACAAUAGAGGCUAAAGUUGGAGUAUAAAAAGGUGUGCGCUAAUAAAGUAUGAUGCCUAUCAGCGUGGGACAUUAAUCCAAAGCCAGUCCGGUCGCGCAUCAGAUCCGGCACACACCAAGGGAUCUUUUUUCACACCAAACUUUCACACCUUAGAGACAAUGCAUCUGUCUCAGAUUGUGCUGUAUCUUAGCUUGCUGAUUGCUUUGGGUCCAGUAGUUUUGAGUGACCAAGAGACGCACCAGCAGCCCUCGGCCACCAGCCCAGAGGACGCGGAGCAGUGCGCUACCUGCGAGGUCCGGCAGCAGAUUAAAACCAUGCGAUUAAACGCCAUCAAGUCCCAGAUUUUGAGCAAGCUGCGAAUGAAAGAAGCUCCCAACAUCAGCCGAGACACGGUGAAGCAGCUCCUGCCCAAAGCGCCGCCGCUGCAGCAGCUUCUCGACCAGUACGACGUGCUGGGAGAUGACAACAGAGAUGUGGUCAUGGAAGAGGACGAUGAGCAUGCCAUCGCGGAGACGAUAAUGAUGAUGGCCACAGAACCCGAGUCCGGCGUGCAAGUGGACGGGCAACCAAAGUGCUGCUUCUUCUCUAUUACUCAAAAGUUUCAAGCCAAUCGAAUAGUCCGGGCGCAGCUCUGGGUGCAUCUACGCCCGGCGGACGAGGCGACCACUGUGUUCCUGCAAAUCUCCCGCCUGAUGCCGGUCACAGACGGGAACAGGCACAUACGCAUCCGCUCCCUGAAGAUCGACGUGAAUGCCGGCGUCAGCUCCUGGCAAAGUAUAGACGUCAAACAAGUGGUGAGCGUGUGGCUGCGGCAGCCGGAGACCAACUGGGGCAUCGAGAUUAACGCCUUCGAUUCGAGGGGAAAUGACUUGGCCGUGACCUCCACGGAGCCCGGGGAGGAAGGACUGCAACCGUUCAUGGAGGUGAAGAUCUCAGAGGGCCCCAAGCGUGUCAGGAGAGACUCGGGCCUGGACUGUGACGAGAACUCUCCAGAGUCCCGGUGCUGCCGCUAUCCGCUCACGGUGGACUUCGAGGACUUUGGCUGGGACUGGAUUAUUGCCCCAAAGCGCUACAAGGCCAACUAUUGCUCUGGGGAGUGUGAGUACAUGCACUUGCAGAAGUACCCGCACACCCACCUGGUGAACAAAGCCAACCCCAGAGGGACCGCAGGCCCCUGCUGUACCCCCACCAAGAUGUCGCCCAUCAACAUGCUCUACUUUAACCGAGAGGAGCAGAUCAUCUAUGGCAAGAUCCCUUCCAUGGUGGUGGACCGUUGUGGAUGCUUUUGAGUUCAGAUGGAGACGGGGGUUGGGGGUAGAGGUGGGUGGGGGA